UGGCGCUCUAGCUGAUCCCUUCGAUACACGUUACAACUUUUGCAUACCAAGGAGAAACGACGCAUGCAGCAUCGCGUCUCGUGGUGGUAUUGCUCGCAUACUUUGCAUGAGCGAUGUUGCAGAUACGCCCUUGGACCAGAAGCAAUCAGCAUCGUCGAGCAGUCGCAUUCACUCCGUGCAAGGACUAGUGCGUGAUGCUUCUUGUUCUUCUGCUUGGUCAGAAGCAUCAAACGCUGCUCCGCGAUCGGAGGACGACUGUAGCAACAUUAGCAACUCCCAUCUUCAGUGCAGCACUCCACAAUAUCAAGAUGCUGGACUGAUGAAGCGUGCGCGCAGUGCAAGCGCUUUGCCAGUCGUUGGCGAAUCUCUGAAAAAAGUGAAGCUCUCCGAUGAGCUUAGUGGCGUUAGUAAUCAUGAGAAACCACCUAGCCCGAGAAAGAAUGAGACAGCAGAAGGUCCCGUUACAGCGCCUGCAGAGACUACUUAUUCCUUCAACGGCGAUCAACAUCAACAGCAGAGAGCUUCCCAUCUUAAUAAAAACCAAGAGUCGCUGUUUUCGUUCUAUCCUCACACCAAUUCAGUCGAGUCGCACGAGCGUAAGAACUCCAAGAGCAAGGCGCAGUCUUCUGUUGAGAGCAUCGCAGUCGCAGACCGUUGCACUUUGGUACAUCUAGAUAUGGCGUCGUGCUUUGACUCCAACUGCGACUUUUGAUAUGAAUGUAGGCCCGUCUUAUGCUGUCGCACCUGCUGCCAUUACAUACAGACACAGUGCAAAUUGAACCGACGCCAGUCUCACUCUCAGCUGAACUCCAGCCAAUUCCGCUUUGAGGGUGGUACCACAAUCAAUAUUCAUCACACACACUCACAGGCGUCCGCUCCCGCGCAUCUUCGGCUCUUUAGAUAUCACCGGGCGCUAUCCGCAUUUGUUCCCCCUGAAUUAGGUGAAGCCCCUAAAUCGUCCACCUCGAACCACAACCAAAGUCCGCGUGCACCACCGCGACCCGAUGACGAUGUUACGAGCAGCAUCAAGCGUCUGCGAGAAGAGUUCCUAUCGCCUUCGAAAGCUUCGCUCGAAGAGUUAUGCUCAACUGGCCCUACAUGCUAUCCCUAAGACACCGCGUCGAUUGAUCCAGAAUAUUGCUGAUCUUGGACCUACUUGCACUUGCAACCUGUAGACUCAGCAUUACCUCUCAUAAGCAAAUUUUUCUUGCUGUCAGUAACGGUUUGCUUCGAUAGAUAUAAAGCAAUGGCGGCUCUAAUCCGUGCUGCGCAGGAUAUCCGGAAUCGUAUUAAUACGUAUCCAGCGAGUACGACCGGGCUCGAUACGAGCACGCUGAAAGAACUACAUGCUUUAGCACUCAACGAGCGCCGAUGGGUAUGGGAAGUUGUGGGGCGUUAUCAGCCUGCGAUAACUUACGAUGAGAAGUUAUGGGUGAUACUGUGACUUUUGCUAAUCGUGCUCGCGCUGCUUUCUGUCUCUGCGGAUUCCGAGAGGUUCCGUGCCGACUAUUUUUGACCUAACAGCUAUGCUUCCAUUGCUUGUCAAUCAAUGAUUGAGCAGUAUUUAUUGUUUGCUUCAUUCUCUCGCCAUACACUAAGACUAAAUAGCUACUACUGCUAAUCGUAGUCAAGAUAUUGGACCCAAUUGUGCUCGGCAGCCAACGAGUGGAGAAGCGUUUCGGGACCGCCGUGCAGCGUCGUAUCGAUCGGGAGAUAAAUGGCAAAUCGUAUGAUUCCUGACAAGCCCCCGCAGCACCUACUCUGGGUUCCUUCUCGGCAAGGCCAGCCGUGUUCUGUGGAAGAAGGGCAUUAAUAUAAAUCAGCGAAGUGCGCGUCGUAUAUAGUAAGAAUGUCAGUAGGAGCUGGAGGACUAAUGGCAGCGCCCUGCUAUCUCAACAAAAAUAAAUCAUAAGUAACGCUUCGAGGAUGCCUUACGCCACUAUUUUGAUUCUUACUUGAUAAAACGCUUCCGAGUUCUAGUAGUUUUUAUCUUCCUACCAUCUCUUGCUGCACGUCCAGCGACAACCAACUUGAUCUGACUUUGGAAGCUACACCUUGUCAUACUGGCCAGUCCUUCGUCCUCCGUAACAAUAUCAAGACCAAUUUUCAUUUGUAUACAUUUACCAGAGAAGCGCCCUGAAUUCAACUUGGGCUCCAGCGUCGGAAUAUGAGACAUCAUUAAAAAUUUAGGGAUUGGACUCGCAUCUCACGACUUCAGAAGCAGCUCCUUAGCACUCGCAAUCGCUUCGCUGUGGUUAAUUCGUUACCAUUCCGUAUACCUAUACUACGAAGUAAACUAGCUCGAGCAAGUGACUUAUAUGCCAUAUUUCACACUUCUUCAGUGAGCGCGUCACAGCUGCGUCUAAGUCUCUGGAGAAGUAGCUUUUAAAAUCAUGCUGAUGCAUUUUGUAUUACUUCAAUCGUUUGUUAGUGCUGGUUGUAGUUCUUCUUGGAAGAUGCAUUGCCUCAAUGGCGUGGAAUGCGUCCAAGUACCUCUACGAAAAAAAUCCAAGAUUGAAGAACGAAUCGCUCGUGAUGCGAAAUUCCUUCGAGAACUAUCAGAUCUUUGCUUCUCUAGAGUGUAGAAGCAGUGUCCGAUAUUAGUAUCCAAGUAGCGGCGUCGAUGUCGAGUAACGCAGAAUGAUUAGAGCCGACUGCUUUACUAUUAGACCUGCAGGGCUAGUCCAGGCUUGUUAAAUAAUAGUGGUUGCCUGGUGCAGAAUUCGCGAAUUUUUCUCAUGUCGUUAUUUCUG